GUGUGUGGCGGCACAGUGAGCUCCCAGCAUUCCUCGGGCUGGCCUGUGUGCCACGUAAGAAGCUGCCGCUGUUGUCGGAGGUUGUGUCACUGGCAGCGUCCAAGCAGGGUGUCACCGCCUAAGGGGGGUGCGACAUGGGGGGCUCGCAGAGUGUGGAGAUCCCUGGAGGAGGCACGGAGGGAUAUCAUGUCUUACGGGUUCAAGAAAACUCUCCUGGACACAGAGCUGGGCUAGAACCUUUCUUUGACUUCAUUGUUUCUAUAAAUGGCCUCAGACUGAAUAAGGACAACGACACACUGAAAGAUCUGCUAAAGGCUAAUGUUGAGAAGCCUGUGAAGAUGGUGGUGUACAGCAGCAAGACACUGGAACUGAGGGAGACGUCAGUGACACCCAGCAAUAUGUGGGGAGGACAAGGCUUGCUGGGAGUCAGCAUACGAUUCUGUAGCUUUGAAGGGGCGAAUGAGAACGUGUGGCACGUGCUGGAAGUGGAACCAAACUCCCCUGCAGCAUUGGCUGGUUUGAGGCCCCAUACAGACUACAUUAUAGGAGCAGACACGGUCAUGAAUGAGUCAGAAGAUCUGUUUUCCCUUAUUGAGACUCAUGAAGGAAAGCCUUUAAAGCUGUAUGUGUACAACACCGACACAGACAACUGCAGGGAGGUGGUCAUCACUCCAAACUCUGCAUGGGGGGGAGAAGGCAGCUUAGGUUGUGGCAUCGGUUAUGGUUAUCUGCAUAGGAUACCCACUCGGCCCUUUGAAGAAGGAAAGAAUAUAUCUCUGCCCACACAGCAUUCUCCGGGGGCUCCUGUGAGUCCUCUAAAGGAUGGUUUUACAGAGGUCCAGUUAUCUUCUGUGAACUCUCCUCCUACACUACCUGUUGGGACUCCGGGAAUUGAAGCAAGUCUUUCUGGACUGUCCAUCGCCUCCAAUUCACCUGCAGCCACUAGUGCUCUUACCUCAGGUUUACCAACAGUUCCCUUAUUAAACCCACAAAUAAAUAAUUCCCUCGCCUCUGUUCCCCUGAACCCAGCAGUCUCUUUGCCAGGUUUCCUACCAUUAUCCACUGGACUCCCUACGUUACAGAAUCUGCCCAACCUGAACAUGCCCGCUCCCCACCUCAUCCCUCGGCCAGGACUUCCGGACUUUACACAGAAUUUGUCACAUUUGCCCCACUUGGGCCCACUGCCCCCACUGAACCUGGCAGGUCUGCCGCCCCUCUCUGUAAAUCCUCAGUUUCCAACGUUUCCCCUGGCACCGAUAUCUGUUGAUCUAGCCCCAUCACUGCUGGACCACAUCUCUGCACCCAUCACCGAAAAUGCCACAUCCACAGCAGAAGAGCUGGGCAGUGCGGACCUCCCACCCACAGAGAGAGUCACUGUCAGCAGCACAGAAGCAACAGCCACCGAGUCCUCCUAACAAGGAUCCAGGCUGGCUCAAUGUAUUUAUUCAGCCACCCAAUGUGUUUCCGAAUGCAAACAGUCAUUACUUCAUACUAGUUUGUACUGAUGUAGGAGAUCUGUAUAUAAAGAGAAAUCUAGGUAUGAAGACAUAAGGGUGACUGAAGGUGAAAAUGACAGGUGGGAGAGUUGCCAGACUUGGGCACAGAUGUAAAUUAUUUUAGAGUAAACCAGUUUCCAGGAGACGUCUUUAAUAAAGGGUUACGGCACGUGCACUCUCGGUGUGUGUCUGGUUUCUCGGUGUCACCCACUGU